GCUCACGGCUGUGUGGGCUGUGCACGCGGAUCCUCCAGUCCUCAUCAUGAGCGGUCGGGCUCAUGAGCAAGGCUUCAGAGAGUCGGGGCUGCUGUAGUAUGCUGCUGGCAGCGUGGACACAUUAGCGCAGUCGAAUGCGUAAACGGCGACUCUUGACGCGCAUCGUUUUCUGCUUCGCCGUUGCAAACAUCACAGUGUGGCAAGUGGUGAUGGGUACGCAGGAGUGGGCUGCUGCCCACCAAGUCUGACUGUGUUUCGGACGUGCUGAGAUGAAGAACAUGUAAGAAUCCGCAGGCAUCCCCGCAGAUCCUUUUCAGCCAAAAUGCAGAAGGGGAUGAGACUCAAUGAUGGCCAUAUCACCUAUCUGGCUCUUUUGGCGAAGAAGGACGGGACGAGGCGAGGUUGCCUGAGUAAGAAGAGCUCAGACAACACAAAAUGGCAUUCAAAGUGGUUCGCUUUGUUGCAGAAUAUGCUGUUUUAUUUCGAAAACGACUCCAGCUCACGCCCCUCCGGACUGUACCUGUUGGAAGGAUCUGUUUGUGACAGAGCGCCGUCACCCAAACCAUCUCUCUCCGCGAAGGAAUGCUUAGAGAAGCAGUAUUACUUCACCGUCACAUUCAAUCAUGACAACCAGAAGGCUUUGGAGCUGCGCACAGAAGACGUCAAGGACUGCGACGAGUGGGUGGCUGCCAUCACACAGGCCAGUUACAGGAACCUGGCUACAGAGCAUGAGACCCUCAUGCAGAAGUAUCUUCAUCUACUCCAGAUAGUGGAGACGGAGAAAACGGUUGCCAAGCAACUUCGACAACAGAUAGAGGAUGGGGAAAUCGAGAUAGAGCGGCUAAAAUCAGAGAUCGCUGGACUGCUGAAGGACAACGAGAAGAUCCAAUCAAAUCCAGAGGUGCCACCCAGUGAGGACGAUACAGAGAUCAAAAAGAUCAAAAAGGUCCAGAGUUUCCUGAGAGGCUGGAUUUGCCGCAGGAAGUGGAAAACCAUCAUCCAGGACUACAUCCGCUCACCCCACGCUGAGAGCAUGAGGAAGAGGAACCAGGUGGUGUUCAGCAUGCUGGAGGCCGAAGCCGAAUACGUCCAGCAACUCCACAUCCUGGUCAACAACUUCCUGCGGCCGCUCCGCAUGGCCGCCAGCUCCAAGAAGCCCCCCAUCACCCACGACGAUGUCAGCAGCAUCUUCCUUAACAGUGAGACCAUCAUGUUCCUCCACCAGAUCUUCUACCAGGGCCUGAAGGCCAGGAUAGCCAGCUGGCCGACUCUGGUGCUCGCUGACCUGUUUGACAUCUUGCUGCCAAUGUUGAACAUCUACCAAGAGUUUGUGAGGAACCACCAGUACAGCCUGCAGAUCCUGGCUCACUGCAAACAGAACCGAGACUUCGACAAGCUGCUGAAGCAGUACGAGGCCAAACCGGACUGUGAGGAGAGGACGCUGGAGACCUUCCUCACUUACCCCAUGUUUCAGAUCCCUCGUUACAUCCUGACGUUACAUGAGUUGCUGGCUCACACUCCCCAUGAGCACGUUGAGAGGAACAGUUUGGACUACGCCAAGUCAAAGCUGGAAGAGCUUUCCAGAAUCAUGCAUGACGAGGUGAGCGAGACGGAGAACAUCAGGAAGAACCUGGCCAUCGAGCGGAUGAUUGUGGAGGGCUGUGAAGUGCUGCUUGACACCAGCCAGACAUUUGUAAGACAAGGUUCUCUAAUUCAGGUGCCAAUGAGUGAAAAAGGGAAGAUCACAAGAGGCCGGCUGGGCUCUCUGUCUCUGAAGAAGGAAGGUGAACGACAGUGUUUCCUCUUUUCCAAACAUCUCAUCAUCUGUACCAGAGGGUCUGGAGGAAAACUUCACAUCACUAAGAAUGGAGUGGUGUCUCUCAUAGACUGCACUCUGAUGGAGGAGCCAGAGGGCACAGAUGAUGAGUCCAAAGGGGAGCGGAGCGGCCAGGACACGGAGCACCUGGACUUUAAGGUGAUGGUGGAGCCCAAAGACAGCCAGCCUUACACUGUUAUCCUGGUAGCUUCAUCCCGACAGGAGAAGUCAGCGUGGACCAGUGACAUCAGCCAGUGCAUUGACAACAUCCGCUGCAAUGGUCUGAUGAUGAAUGCUUUCGAAGAGAACAGCAAAGUUACCGUGCCACAGAUGAUUAAGUCAGACACCAGCUUGUACUGCGAUGACGUCGACAUUCGCUUCAGUAAGAUGAUGAACUCCUGCAAGGUGCUGCAGAUCCGCUACGCCAGCGUGGAGCGCUUGUUGGAGAGGCUGACCGACCUGCGCUUCCUCUCCAUUGACUUCCUGAACACUUUCCUCCACUCUUACCGCGUCUUCACCAGCGCAGACGUGGUGCUGGACAAGCUCAUCACCAUCUACAAGAAGCCCAUCAGUGCCAUCCCUGCACGCUCUUUGGAGCUUUUCUUUGCCAGCAGUCAGAACAACAAACUCCUCUACGGUGAACCACCCACGUCGCCACGUGCCAGCCGCAAGUUCUCCUCCCCUCCUCCUCUCUCCAUCACCAAGACGUCCUCUCCCAACCGCCGUCGCAAACUUUCACUCAACAUCCCCAUCAUCACAGGGGGCAAAGCCCUGGACCUGGCUGCACUCAGCUGUUCUCCCAAUGGCUAUGCAAGCAUGCACUCCACCAUGUCACCCUUCAGUAAGACCACCCUUGACAUUAACAAGCUCUAUGUGUCGAGCACCAUGGCCAGCAAAAUCUCUGAUGAGGGAGAUUCCAAAACUGAAGGCAAGACUGACGAGUCUGUCCUCAACAAGCAAGAUCUGUCUGUAAGAGAGGAAUGCAAUGAAGACCCAAGUCAGAGUGACGACGCAGAAGCAGAAAUGUCUCCUCCCAAGUCGCCGUCAACACCCAAGAACGUCAAGUCAAAAAACUCGGAGUUCUCCCUGUUUUCCUUCAACAACGGCAUGGUGGUGUCAUCCUGCCGGGAGCUGGACAACAACCGCAGUGCCCUUUCUGCUGCCUCAGCCUUCGCUAUCGCCACCGCCGGUGCCAAUGAAGGCACCCCAACCAAGGAGAAGUACCGUCGUAUGUCUCUUGCCAGCACAGGUUUUCCUACAGACCAGAGGAAUGGAGACAAAGAGUUUGUCAUCAGAAGAGCUGCCACGAACAGAGUGCUGAAUGUACUGCGUCACUGGGUCUCCAAACACUCCCAGGACUUUGAGCUGAACACAGAGCUGAAGAUGCGGGUAAUUGGCUUCCUGGAGGAGGUGAUGCAUGACCCAGAGCUCCUGACACAGGAAAGAAAGGCAGCUGCCAACAUUAUCAGGACUCUCACUCAGGAGGAUCCAGGAGACAACCAGGUCACCCUCGAAGAGAUCACACAGAUGGCGAUGGAGGACUGCAAGACUGAACCGUUUGAGAGCCACUCGGCCUUGGAGAUAGCGGAGCAGCUCACACUGCUGGACCACCUGGUCUUCAAAGUCAUCCCAUACGAGGAAUUCUUUGGUCAAGGCUGGAUGAAGAAUGACAAGAAUGAGAGAACUCCAUACAUAAUGAAAACAACCAAGCAUUUCAAUGAUAUCAGUAACAGGAUUGCCACAGAGAUCCUGCAAUGGGAUGAUGUCAACAUGCGAGUGGCGGUGAUCGAGAAAUGGGUGGCGGUGGCCGACAUCUGUCGCUGCCUCCACAAUUACAACGCCGUUCUGGAGAUCACCUCCUCUCUAAACCGCAGCUCCGUUUUCCGCCUCAAGAAGACCUGGCUCAAAGUCUCCAAGCAGACAAAGACUGUGAUUGACAAGUUGCAGAAGCUGGUGUCAUCAGAGGGCCGAUUCAAAAACCUGAGAGAGGCUCUGAAGAACUGUGACCCUCCCUGUGUUCCCUACCUGGGCAUGUACCUGACUGACCUGGCCUUCAUCGAGGAGGGAACACCCAACUACACUGAGGACAACCUGGUCAACUUCUCCAAGAUGAGAAUGAUAUCUCACAUUAUCAGAGAGAUACGACAAUUUCAGCAAACAGCUUACAAGAUUGAUUACCAACCGAAGGUGGCAAAAUAUUUGCUUGACAGCAGCACGGUGCUGGAUGAGGAGAGCCUGUAUGAAGCGUCUCUGAGAAUCGAGCCCAAAACGUCAUCAUGAAGAGGAUCUCUCUCACUCUGCUCUCGUAUAGAGUGUACAGAAACAGUAUAUCAAAAUGUACAUUUAGUAUUAUUUGUAUUAGACACAGUAGGCUGUGCCCUUCUAGUAUAUGCUCCCCACUGGACUCGUUGUGUAUAAUCGUUAUUAGAGACUGAGUAGAAGCCCAGAGAGGUUUUAUUUCUAUAGUUGCAGAGUAUUUAUAUGUUACUUAUUGUCUGAAAUAUCAUUUUAUGAUGACAUUAUUUUAAACCACAGAAUAAACACACAGAGGACUAUACAGGUUUGAGAUGUAGUCAUGUCCUAAUGGGAAUGGGCAGUAUAUUAAAAAAAUCUCUCAUUCUUGAGAGACAGUCACAUUUGACACAGGAUGAUUAAGAUAUUUUGACAUAACUGCAGUGAUCCUUAAACAAGCUCUCAUAUACAGUAAAUUGACCUCUUUCCACUUAAGUGUAGAGCUUGAAAGUAAACACAAUACAAAUACGUGCUGAUCCACCUGUUGCACGACCACGUAAAGUUAUAAUCCUUAAGAUUUCAGUGCUGAUUGAUUUGAAUCCAGCAUGACUUCGCUUCUUAAAAUGAAAACUACAAUCUGCAGAAGAAAGUCCUGAAUGUAAAUAUAGUGAAUAACUAUUGCACCGAAAUACAAACCAUUAAUAGUGUGAAAUUGGGAUUUGAUUUCAAUAGAAUCUUGAGGAUUAAAACUUCAAUUUAUGCACAUUUUAGAACUUUUCCUCUUGGAGGAGUAGAGGAGGGACUUGCUGCAGUGGCUAAAGUUGAAUCAUGUGCUCUGACGUUUCAUGUAGCCACUGAAUGACGAACAGAUUGAAGUGUUGGAGUUUCCUGAUUGAGUUGUUUGUUUUCAGUUUGGAGAAAUGGGUUUUUAUGCUUUGCUUAUUAUCACCUUUUUCCCCUGGUGGGCAACACGAUGUAUAUAUAGUAUAAGCACCGGGCAAUGUAUGUAGCAGAUGUAACUAACAUUGAGCCACUUCAGGAAGUUAAAUUCGCAGCUUAUACACUCAGACAGUGAGAGCAUAGUUUUUAUGGUUAAUCCUCUUUGGCCAGUGCAUUAUGGUUUUGCCUUAAUCAUGAAACGGAUUAUAUACCACAAAAGUAUGUAAACUAUUUUGUUCUACGAUUUGCCAAUGAAGCAGAAAUAUUUGCUGUGUACAAUAUUGUGUACAGGCAGUCUGAUGCAUUUCCUAAUGUGCAAUGUGUUAAAAACAUAUCCCUCGAAAUGUGUUAUCCUUAUGAUCGUUCAACUCUGUAAUAACUUUUCUGUGUAUGAUACUUUAAAACAAAUGUUGAAAACAACUUAUAAGUGUAACACAUUCUGUAUCCUGUCUAUUCCGACGCGUUAGCAGGAACUAUACAGUAGUAAUAUUGUGCUUAUUCUUGGAAUAUUUAUAUGUAUUUUUUACAGGCUUUGUAUAGAAAAACACCUAAAGCUUAAGUGGCAGGCAUGUACCACUUUCACGUGUUCAAAUCAAAUCUAUAUCUAGAACAGUAUGUGUACUGUAUUUAAACCCCACCCUUGCACAUAAAUCUUUACCCUCUUACAGGCACAUCAAAUGUUUGCAGUGAGCAAUACCCAGUGAUAUGAGAAUUAUCUUUCAGUCUAUUUCAACAGCUUGAGUAGUAUUUCCAGUUUUGUAUAAAAGUGUAUUCUUUCCUGAUUACCUCUUGUUAAUAAAUCUAUUCUUUCUCAGGGGGAGAAGUGUC